AACUGUUUCUUUCAAAGCAACUUAAGCUGACCAGUGAUCAUGGCCAAGUCCACGACGGCACUCUCUGAACGAACUUUCUCUCUUUCCCUUCUCCAAAUCUUCCGAAAUUCUUCCCCGGCAAGCUUCAAACGCUUUUAAUACUUUUCCAAACAAUCUCAAUUUCACUGUUUAGAUCUCAAAAGCAUCCCUUUUUUACUGGUAUCGCAAGUGAAUUUUAGCAUAACAUCAAGCAAAAAUGGCCAACCGUUACGACAGAAACCCUUUUGAGGAGGAAGAAGAAGUGAACCCCUUCGCUGAUGGAGGGGGAAGAGGAAAAACAGGCGAGCGGUCGAACUUUAGCGGAGGCUCAUUUUUUAAUACAAAUAAUGGGAGUGUUCCUCUUGCUGCAAACUCUCGGCUUGCACCCCUUCCACCAGAGCCUGCUGAUUUCUACAAUCCCACUGCUCCAGUUGAUAUCCCUCUUGAUAGUACUUCGGCUUUAUCUGGUUUUCUAAUCAUGCAAAAUUUCAAACACGAUUUGAAGCAGAAGGAGAGAGAGCUGAGGGCUAAGGAAACUGAAUUGAAUAGGAGGGAACAGGAAGUGAGACGGAAAGAAGAAGCUAUUGCUCGAGCUGGUAUUGUUCUUGAGGAGAAAAAUUGGCCUCCAUUUUUCCCUAUUAUCCAUCAUGAUAUUGCAAAUGAAAUACCAAUUCAUCUUCAGAAGCUGCAAUAUGUUGCAUUUUCAACAUUUUUGGGGCUUACCUUUACACUUCUAUGGAACAUCAUAGCUGUCAGCUCUGCAUGGAUUAGACGAGGAGAUUCGAGAAGCUGGUUUCUUGCUAUUAUCUACUUCAUAUCUGGAGUUCCUGGAGCCUAUGUGUUAUGGUAUCGGCCACUCUACCGAGCUUUAAGGAAGGGAAGUGCUUUGAGUUUUGGGUCAUUCUUCAUAUUUUACCUGCUUCACAUUGGGUUCUGCAUCUUUGCUGCUGUUGCGCCUCCUAUCGUUUUCAGAGGAAGAUCUUUGGCAGGUAUCCUGCCAGCUAUUGAUCUCAUAGGCGAUCAUGUUUUGGUUGGGAUAUUUUACUUCAUUGGGUUCGGACUUUUCUGCCUUGAGUCGCUUCUUAGCAUUUAUGUUAUACAGCAAGUCUACAUGUACUUCAGAGGCAGCGGGAGAGCUGCAGAAGCUGCUAGGGGCCGAGCUGCAACUUAAUACGGGAAUUAAGUAUUCAAAAUAUAAUGUAAUUAUAAUUGCACUUAAGUUUUAUUAUUGAGUGUUCAUAUUUUGUAAUAUAAUUAGUAUAAGCUUACAGUUUGUUUUUGAGAGACGAGACUUUGCGCCUGCUCCGCUGGAUUCUUUGUACUACUUAUAUCUUUCUAGUUGUAUGUAAAUCAUUUCUUUUGCAUCAUCGACAAUGUUCCUUUUUUUUUUCUUUUAUUUUAUUUAUUCGGGUAAGAUUUUCAAAUAUGGAA